CUAAAUCAGCACAGACUAAAAGAUUAUGGAGCUCAGCUUUUUUCACUUUUACGGGUGUAUCAAAAAAAUUUCAGCGUACUUAUAUUUCAGGAAGUGGACGUUGGCCUUGUAGCAGAUGUUGGCAUUUUGAAUCGAAUCAAUAAGCUCGUCAAAAGUGACAGCCUCACUCGUGAGCUUGCGUACACCGCUCGCGAUUUUGGCAGUUCCGAGGCCCUCCAGUAUGGCUUCAUAUCGCGACUGUUUGAUAGUACAGAGGAUUGCCUAUCAGCAUCAUUAUCACUGGCACGUGAGAUUGCUACGCGUAGUCCGAUUGCCGUCCGUGGUACCAAAAUGGCACUGAAUUACUCACGCGACCACCCAGUGGAUGAUUCGAUUAAUUUUAUCCGAACGUGGAACCAGUCGCAGCUUCAGUCCGAGGAUCUUCUACGCGCUGCAGCUACUGCUUUGAGCAAGCAAAAGCCUGAAUUUGACGAUGUUUAA